AUAUUUUGAAAAUAUCUGAAAGCCUUUUGUUUCAGUGUCUCUUUCUGAAUAAAGGUGAGUCUCAAUGAUAAUUGCCCUUAAGUUAUCUUUAUAUUAAGACUCUUUCUCUCUUGGGAGUAGGGGCCGGGGCGAGGAGAUGCGGGCCUCAGAGACCUGCGGCACGAUGGUCCGAACUGUGUCCUGGGCCAGAAGCCCUCAGUGGAGGGCGACUCCUAUCCAGAAAGCAGCUCUCAGUGCAAACCCUUCCAUCGCACAUGAGUGUGGAGGCCAGAUUCCUCCUGAGGAAUGUGAUGGUAACUGCAGUGAAUCUGUCGGGAUAGGCAAAAUGAAAACGAAAUUAUGGCUGCUUCCAGGGAUAUCCUGGCAUUUCACUUGCUUGCAAGCUCUCUGUUGGUCAGAGUAAUUCUGUGUUGGCUGAGCAAAGAUACACAUAAGCCCUACCUGCCCGAUCCACAUAUAACCCCAGUUGUGUGAUCACACAGGUAAAGCCUGCUCUCUGAAGACACUGUCAGGAUUUCAGAACCAGUGUUUUACACGAGGCUGUGAGCACCGGUGACCCCGAGAUGGUGUAUACUGUUCUUCAGCAUCGGGACUACCACAACACAUCCAUGGCCCUUGAAGGAGUUCCUGAGCUGCUCCAGAAGAUUCUUGAGGCUCCAGAUUUCUAUGUGCAGAUGAAAUGGGAAUUCACCAGCUGGGUGCCCUUGGUUUCCAGAAUAUGCCCGAACGAUGUGUGUCGCAUUUGGAAAAGUGGUGCCAAGCUGCGUGUGGAUAUCACAUUGCUGGGAUUUGAGAACAUGAGCUGGAUAAGAGGGAGGCGUAGUUUUAUAUUUAAGGGAGAAGACAACCGGGCGGAGCUGAUGGAAGUCAACCAUGAUGACAGAGUGGUCACCACUGAACACUUUGACCUUUCCCAGGAAAUGGAGCGCCUCACUCUGGACUUGAUGAAGCCAAAAGGCAGGGAAGUUGAGAGGCGGCUCACAAGCCCAGUCAUUAACACCAGCCUCGAUACUAAAAAUAUUGCUUUUGAAAGAACUAAAUCCGGAUUCUGGGGCUGGAGGACAGAUAAAGCAGAAGUUGUUAAUGGUUACGAAGCAAAGGUUUACACAGUAAACAAUGUGAGUGUGAUAACCAAAAUCCGGACAGAACAUCUGACUGAGGAAGAGAAAAAGAGAUAUAAAGCGGACAGGAACCCACUGGAAUCUUUGCUGGGAACUGUGGAACACCAGUUUGGUGCUCAAGGGGACCUCACUACAGAAUGCGCCACCGCCAACAACCCCACGGCCAUCACGCCUGAGGAGUACUUUAAUGAAGAGUUUGAUCUGAAGGACCGGGACAUUGGAAGGCCGAAAGAGCUGACGAUUAGAACGCAAAAAUUCAAAGCGACGCUGUGGAUGUGUGAGGACUUUCCGCUCUCUCUUGUGGAGCAGGUCAUUCCCAUCAUUGAUCUCAUGGCCCGAACCAGUGCUCAUUUUGCACGGCUGAGAGAUUUCAUCAAACUGGAAUUCCCACCUGGAUUUCCUGUCAAAAUAGAAAUUCCCUUGUUUCAUGUCUUAAAUGCACGGAUUACAUUUGGAAACGUCAAUGGCUGUAGCACUGCUGAAGAAACUGGAUCUCAAAACGUGGAAGGGACCCAGGCUGAUACAGCUUCCCACGUCACAAACUUUGAGGUGGAUCAGUCUGUAUUUGAAAUUCCAGACUCUUACCACGUUCAAGACAAUGGCAGAAAUGUGCAUUUACAAGAUGAAGAUUAUGAGCUAAUGCAGUUUGCCAUCCAGCAGAGUUUACUGGAGUCCAGCAGGAGCCAGGAACUUUCAGGACCAGCUUCGAAUGGAGGGAUCGGCCAGACACAUGCCUAUGACGCCCAGUAUGAGAGGGCCAUCCAGGAGAGCCUCCUCACCAGCUCAGAAGGCCUGCGCCCCGGGGCUUCCAGCGAGACGAGCCGUUUUGAUAGCGACCUGCAGCUGGCCAUGGAGCUCUCUGCCAAAGAGCUGGAGGAGCGGGAGCUCCGGCUCCGGGAGGAGGAGGAGGAGCUCCAACAAGUCUUACAGCUGUCUCUCACUGAGAAAUAGACCUUUCUGCUCACAGGCUGCACAAAGCAGAGGUUCUGGGCCGCACGCGAGUGCUGCAUCACUAGUGUGGGCCGAGGGACUGCACCUCGCAUGCAUGCAGCCAACAGCAGCUGCCCUUCCUUCUGCCGAGGUGCCGGACCAGGGACUCCCAGGCCCACCCAUGACACUCCCCCGGGGAGGGGCUGGGGACCAGCAGGCCCCAUCUCCGGGCUAAGGGGAGGAGAGCAUCGUCACUUUCCAUUAGAUGUAUUGGCUUGCAGGUCACGUUUUUACUACCAGCUUUAGACAAAAACCCCAGUCCCCGCAAGUUUGUAGAUUAAUUUUUAUCAAGGAGUGAUAACAAAACAAGUUAUUGCAGAGUCAGGGUGCUUUUAUAUAUGAGAGCAGCAGCCUUUUUAGAGCGUGGUUUAUGAGAAUUUAUGAGACACUUCUUUACAGUUCACCAAAGAAAUGGAUAGUCUGUGCUGAUCUAUUCUUUUGUUUUUACCUUUAUACAGGGUUUCUAGGACACUCUCACUGCUCCUCCUCCAUCUCCAUCUUAUUCCAUCCCUCCCACCCCCGCUAGAGUCAAAGAGGAGACAUGUACAGGAUACAUUUUAGAUUAGGUGUAACUAUUUGCAUCACAUUAGGAUAUACAAAUGACCACGGAUGUUGCCUUAGCCUUAAAAAUUACCAAUAGUUUCAAACCACCUCACUCCACACUGAGGGGUCUGAUUUGAAUUUAUAAAGGCACUUCCUUUGAGAGCAGGAUCCUCCAGGCUAAAUCCAAGGCAGCUAAUCCUGGCCCCGAAGGAACAGCUAGGAGAGCCUGAGGCUUGUUCUCGGAGGCCGCAGGCUGGCCAAAACAUCAGACAGCGCAGAACCAAACUAGGUGUGUUCCGCACCUUCCCUAGUGACCAGAUUGCCACGGAGAGGCCAAGGGAGACCCCACUACAGGCCUAGGCUCACUAAAGAAGGGGUGGCCUUGUAGUUAGAAAGGGAGCUCCAAGCGGAACUUAAUAUUAAGCUCUGUAUUCAAAAGGGAAAAUGAGGAUUCUGCAUUGCUUUUUAGAGUUCAAAUCAACAUCUUUCUGGAUAAAUAUAUUUUUUAACAGAAUCUUUUUAUUAUUUUUAAAAGAUUUAAAGACAACUACUCCCAUCAGUAGCAAUACAAGGUUAUACAUUUUAACCAGAUUUUCUCAGGCCUUUUUUGGAUACCUUUAGUAGUUUAACGAUUUUAUCUGACCCUUCUGUAAAUAAGCACUGCACACCACACAGAAGAACCCUGGGGAGGAGAGCCGAGGGCGCCCUCACUCUGGCCCAUCUGGUCGUCCCCACAGGCUGACUGACAUGACCUGGUAACAGUGGCCUCCUCAGCUCCCUGUCUCUUUCCUGUCUGCUGUGCUGCUUUCAGGAUGGGAAGAGACAGAAACUACGUUGCAGUUAGCAUCCGUAUCCUCCAGUUAGUGCUGCCAGUAAAAUGUUCUUAGUCACAGAGGAUUGUGCUCUGGAUUCCACAUAACCACCUGCCUUUUUAGUCACGGUCCCACCAGAAUUCCUUCUGUUGGGCACACACACGGCCAGUAUACCGCGGGGUCAUAUUUGUUUCCAACACACAGCUUGGCAUUCUGUUUACUCCGUGUUCACCCUGAGUGAAGACACUUCUUGGGAAUCCAUCAGGCCGCAGCGUUUACUCCCUGAGGUGAACCAGCCAUGAUUUCUGUGUUUGCAUUCCACUGUCCUGGUUCCGGAGGAAGGGGACUCUCCGGGAAGUCGGUUAAAAAGGGACUGAGCGUUCUGUCCAUCUGUUGCAGCAUUUCUCAUCUAUGUGUUCACUCUCUUAAAAUGCAAAUAAAGACUGCUUCCCGAGAGGGUGCUCGGACAGUAUCCUA